AGUAGUUCAGAAAUGUCUUGAUUUUAUUUUUUUGAGCCGUGACAGUAGAAUAAUUGUUCGACGGAAAUUUUGAAAAAUAUUACUAGUGUGACAAGCGAGAACAAAUAGUACUACUAGUACCAGAACUCAUGUUUGUACGCUUUCCUUGUAAUGCCACGUUGCUCAUAAUUCACACAUGUCACUGAACUUGGGACCUUUUUCUUAAAAGGUUCACUGUUUUUUUAUGUUUGUAACAAAAGAUUUUUACCCAUGCAUGUCCUGGGAACUCUGCCUUGCUCCCAUGGAAAGGAAAGCGACGCCUGACCUUAACCAAACCCAUACCCACUGACUCCCCGGUCCCAGCCCAAGGAUACGGGCCCCCUAGACACAGAGCGCUUUUGCACGCCACAAUAGAACAGUGUUGCUGAUCUAAAAAAAACAGUGUAGUAGAACAGUGCUGCCUUGCCCUUCCCCUCUUUCUUUCUCUGUGCCUGCUGCUGCUACUGCUCGCUGACCGCGUGCGCUCAGCUCGAAGACCUUCUCUCCCCUCCCUCUUCUCUUCUCCUGACAAACAAACCAUCUCAUCUCAUUUUGGAGAGAGAGAGAAGAGAGAGAGAGAGGCACCGUCGCGGAGGGCCAACGGGAGGGAUUCUUGGAUGUGACAAGCCGAGCUUUCCCGAUCAAAGCAGGCCGCGAAAGCCGCCUCCCUCGCUCUUCCAUAGAAGGCACGAGAAGAAGCAGUCGUCUUCUCCGCAGCGCACACCCGUCCUCCCCUCUUCCUCUUCACUUCACGGGAAGAAGAGCUAGGAUCAUCUGUGGCUCACGGGACUCACCAGGCUUGCCUCAAGAGGUGCGUGCGUCUGUACUCUGUACAUGUCUUGCCUUCCUGAUCCUCGCCUCCUUCAGUCCUUCUCCAAAGCAGGGAGAUUUGUCAAUGUAUCAUCUUUGCAUUUUUCUCCUCUUCCUCCCCUCAACAUGUUCUUCCCCGGGAGGUUGGUUGGGCGAGCGGUUAGCGUUGCUCCCUUUAUUUCAUUUGAUUGAUGAUUUGAUUCUGGGGCAUCAGACAACUACAUUUGCCAUGUGCCGUAUGCUUCAGCAGUGCCUGCCAGUGCCAAGUCUCAACAUAACCACUUGUUCUGCUCAAGAUUCGCUGCUUCACCCCGUCCCUUUUACCUCUGUUUGUUUAUAUGAAGUUCUGGGCUGGGCUGGGAUGGAAGAUAGGGCUGCUUUGGCUGUGUUGCUGGAUCUGCUCAUUUGUGCUCCUGUUUAUCUUCCCACUGCCACUGAAUCAAUCAAACCCCUUCCUUAAAACACCCUAACACUGUCCGUCCCUACUCUCUCUCUCCAGCAGCAACAGUUGCUGGCAUUUAUGUGUUGCUUUACUUCCUUUCAACUAUAGUAGGAGUACUACUAGUAAUGUUGGGUGAGUAGGUACACUCAUCUUCCCAUCCCAUUUUCUCCCUCAACUUGAAUGGUUCUGGGCUUUCCUGGUUCAGCAAACGGCAUUGCAUGGUUUUCUACUGUACUUUCACUAUCCUUUCUGUGUUUUCUACUGGCCGCUGGGUGGUGACAUUUGGUGACAGUCACAGUACCUGUGUGUUCAUUGUGAGCCUAUAAAGAGGAUUUGCAGUACACACUUGCUAGUAGUUUGUAGUAUUAAGCUAUCUACAAAGCUGGAACCUUUAUUGCAUUUGGUAGUUGGAGAGAUCCUUCUUGCCCUUUUGGUAGGACUAAUAGCCCAGGUUGUCUACCAGUGACUCGUCGCCAUUUUCUUGCUUUUUUCAGUCCCACUUCUCUCCAGUCAUCCAUGUCUUUUUCCCUUAAGACAAUGACCGCCGCUUCUGAAUUGUGCUGAAUAGUGUGCAGCUGAUGUGCUUUGGGAGCCACGGCAAUGGCUUCGCUUGUGCCCGGGGUCCUCCUCAAGCUCCUUCAGCACAUGAACAGCGACGUCAAAGUCGCAGGCGAGCACCGGUCGUCCCUUCUUCAGGUCGUCAGCAUUGUUCCCGCGCUUGCUGGGAGCGAUCUCUUCACCAACCAGGGGUUCUACCUCAAGGUGUCUGACUCCUCGCACGCGACCUACGUUUCCCUGCCGGAGGACCAGCAUGAUCUCAUAUUGAGUGACACAAUUCAGCUGGGCCAGUUCAUCCAUGUAGACCGUCUUGAGGCCGCCACCCCGGUGCCUAUCUUGAGGGGAGUCAGGCCGGUUCCAGGCCGACAUGCGUGCGUCGGCACUCCCGAAGACCUUUUCAUGACUAGUUCCUCCAAGUUUCUUGGCGAGAAAAAGGCACCACCACCAGCCAAUGGUUCCAAGGAUGCAGGGGGCUUGUCACUGGAGAAAGAGCAGAGCAAGUUAGAGAAACUAAAUGCUUCUGUGAAGAACAACGGGACAGAAAGCAAGAAACCGCAGCUGACCAAGUCGAAUUCUUCGCUCUCCAAACAAGCGCUGGCCAGCCUUUUCGACAAGAAGGAAGUGGUUAGUUCAAAGGUGAAGUCAAACAAUCCUAGGUCGACGCCUUCAUCCCCUACCAGUGUACAUUCUCUACCUGCAUCGUUUGAAAGAUUCUCAAAUGAUAUGAAGCAGAGAACAAAAGUGAAAGGAGCAGACAAGUCAUCACCAUCUAAGUUAUCCUUGUUGGAAAAAGCAGCUUCUGUGUUGAAGGUUACUACAGCUGGGAGGAAGUCCUCUGCAGGCAACUCCCUAAGUAACACUCUGUUAAGUCUUGAAUCGGGACCAAAGGCGUUGAGAAGAAGCUGGGAAGGGAAGGCAGAUGCAAACAUCAAGGGCAAUUCAGAUUCAAAGGGAGCCAAAGCUGACAAGAAGCCUGAUAUUAGAAGCACAUCGACUCCUAGACGAAGGCCGCCACCACCAGCAGAUGAGAAGCCCUCACACAAGGAUGAUACUAAGAUUCAGACUCCUCCAAGGAAGAGCACAGCAAGUGCUCCGUCAGAUGAUUCUGACCGACCGGUGAAUAAGCAUCUUUCUCCUAUAAGAAGGACAUCUGGGGUUUUAAGCAACACCAAUAUUACAAAUUUAGUGAAGAUUGCUGCAAAUAGCAAAAAGUUGACGGACGCAAGCACUUCAUGGACGGCACUUCCUCCAUCACUUGCUAAAUUAGGAAAGGAGCUUCUCAAAUACAGGGAUGCUGCACAAAUGGCUGCGGUUGAAGCCAUGCAAGAAGCUUCUGCUGCAGAGAGCUUACUUCGAUGUUUAAGCGACCUCUACAGCGACUUCACCGGACCGAUCAGCAGCGAGCGAAGCCGCGAGCAUCGACGAGGAAUCCCUUGCCGUUGCAGCGGAGCGCCGCCGCCGCGCAGCAUCCUGGGUCGGCGCCGGUCUCGCCACUGACCUCUCCGCCUUCUCCCUCUACAACCUCAGGCCGGCCCCCGCCAAUACGUCCUCUCCGCUUGCCGUCGUGCUCGUCGACGAGUCGGUGAAGCCGGCUGCG